GCUUUCUCAUGAAUCAUUACAAAAGUUUCCUUCAAUCGGACAUCUUCUCCUUCAUCUGCUGUUGUUCUCCUCUUCUUUAACUGAUGGACGCGUUCGCAUCGUUCUUCGACUCCCAAUCGGCUUCAAGGAAUCGCUGGACUUACGACUCUCUUAAGAACUUCCGCCAGAUCUCUCCUGUCGUCCAGACCCAUCUUAAGCAGGUUUAUUUGACGCUAUGUUGUGCACUGGUUGCAUCUGCAGCUGGGGCUUACCUACAUAUACUGUGGAACAUUGGUGGUCUUCUAACAACAUUUGCAUGUUUGGGAUGCAUGGCUUGGCUACUCUCCACGCCACCUUAUGAAGAGCAGCAAAAGAGGGUAGCUCUGUUGAUGGCAGCUGGGCUCUUUGAAGGGGCUUCCAUUGGUCCUCUGAUUGAUUUAGCCAUUGAAAUUGAUCCAAGUGUUCUGAUCACUGCAUUUGUGGGAACUUCGGUGGCUUUUGGUUGUUUCUCAGCAGCAGCUAUGUUAGCAAGGCGUAGAGAGUAUCUAUAUCUUGGUGGCUUGCUUUCAUCUGGCUUGUCCAUCCUUCUCUGGUUGCAGUUUGCAUCUUCUAUCUUUGGGGGAUCUGCGGCCAUCUUCAAGUUCGAGCUGUACUUUGGGCUUCUGGUUUUUGUGGGUUAUGUGGUGGUUGACACCCAGGAUAUCAUUGAGAAAGCUCAUCUUGGUGAUCUGGACUAUGUGAAGCAUGCUCUGAAUCUUUUCACGGACUUCAUUGCUGUCUUUGUGCGAAUUCUCAUAGUUAUGUUGAAGAAUUCAGCUGAGAAGGAAGAGAGGAAGAAGAAAAGGAGAAACUGAACUUAAGCUGGAGGGUAAUAAAGUGGUGCUUCUCUGACCCCUGUGCUGCAGUUAAAUGGACCUGGUUGUCUAUGUAUAAUCUUUCUCUUCUUUUCUGAGUGUAACUUAGGAACCGCGAAUCUAAUAGUUAUAUCCGAGGAUAUGACUGAUUGAGAUUUCUACAUGAAGACAAAGUUUAUACUAUCGUGAUAUGGUUUUUGAGCUGCUGUACUAAACUUUUUUUCAAUCUGUAAAGUUCUUGAUGCUGCUUAUAUUAAUUGAACCCCUUUGCUGCCUAA